CGCAGCACCGCAUCGAGAACAGUGGUGCUGACAGACUCACCGGCUUUUCUGAGAGAAGAACAAGCUAUAAAUCAUGGUUGAGUGUAACAACAGUGUGGCGUUGAACCUCACAGACACAGCGUUGAGACGGUUUGAACGUGUGGCCUACAUAUUUGUCUUCAUAGUGGGCCUUUUCUUCAACAUCAUGGCUCUGUGUAUCUUCUGUCGCCUCAAGCGCUGGACCGACACGCAUAUCUACAUGUUCAACCUACUGGCUGCCGAUUUCCUGGCCAUUAUUUUCCUACCUAUCAGAAUAUGGGACGCCUUUUACCCAAUAAAACCGAGUGAAUUGUGUACAUUCCUGCUGAGCACCCAAUUCGCCAACAUGUACAGCAGCAUCUUCACCAUUACAGCCAUCAGCAUUCACCGAUUUAUAGCCGUCAGGUUUCCAUUUCUGACCAAAGCACUGGCCUCCAAAAGUAAGACGAUUGCCAUUUCAAAGUGCAUCUUCAUCUGGGUGAUCAUAACGGUGAUCUGUGUUAGGAACCGGGAAGAACUUGACAAAGAAAAAUUUGAGACCUGCUAUGACCGAAAACUGGCAAACAAGCUCGGAAUCCCCUUUAUCUUGCUUUUAGAGAUUUUAGGGUAUCUUAUUCCAGUGCUCAUCAUCAUAUUUUGCUCCACACAAACCAUCUACAUCCUGGUCAGAUCCCUUCAGAAUGUUCAAGGCAGGGAUAGAGUGGAAAGGAAAAACAUUGCUGCUGUUAUCGCCGCGAACAUGUGCACAUUCAUAGUUUGCUUCACGCCUGUUCAUAUUGGUCUUUUGUUGCAGUUUUUAUCAAAUAAUUCACACAAAGACUUUGUGCAUGUGUUUUUUAAUGUUGCCACAUUGAUCGCUUUUACCAACUGCUGUCUGGAUUCUAUUGGUUAUUACUUUCUGCUGAGAAGAGUUAAUAAAAUAAACAAGAGACCCCAUUGAAUGUUAAAUGUUAGCUAAAAUAGAGUCUGUUGAUCUAGUUUAGAUUGAGGCAAGUCCCCAUGAGAAACACAAUAUAAUAAAGGCUGGUCUACAUCAGACUGUCUACCCUUACAAAACAUUAGUCUUACCAUGGUUGCAAGAUUUACAACUAUCAUGCUGAAAAUAAAAUAGCAUCAUGGUACGCCUGUUUUUGACUGUUAGUUUCAGAGAGAAAGUAAAAAAAAAUUAUUUUAAUAUAUUUUUGCAAUUUAAUAAAAUGUUUGAAUAAUUAUCCUCUGCACUUAUUUAUUUGUGCCCAUAAUUAUUUUCACGAUGAAGAGAAUAGAUCAAUUUGGAAAUAUUGCAUAAAUAAAAUUAUUAUAUUAUAUAUUAUACAAUAUUAUAUGAUAUCAUAUUAAUUAAAUUUAGCUAACACUCAGCAAAUGAUUUUAUCCAAAGUGACUUUGAUCACAUGCAAUUUUUCAUAUGAGCAAAAUCAUACACACACACA